AUGCGGGAUUUUGUGCAGAAAAUGCUAACCUUCGUCGCACUAUUGCUCCUCUCCGUGCUAACAAUUCAAGCCAGCCCACUCUACUACAAAUUUGGCAAAUAUGGUAGAUACAAUAUCGAUCCACUGCUCGCCUCCGCGUCGAACGAGGUGCCUAUGGUGCAGAGCAACAACUUUGACAUGAUUAUGGCCGAUGACAAAUUCCCCACGGAUUCUAUAAAGUAUCAGAAUUUCGCCAGUUUCCACGAACCGAAAAUGACAGCCGAGUCCGACUUCAGCAUGGACGAAACACAGUUCUUGCCCAAGAAUACACCGAUACGUGCACCGCAAGCCGUGUCGAAGCAGGAACGUGAAAUACGGCAGCGCAUUGAAGUGGCCGAUCCCAAACUGGAGAAAAAGAAGAUGCUGAAGUUGAAGAAAGGCUCCUCAGUGCCGCGCGGCGCCGACGCCUACGCAUGGGAUCAGUUCGAUUACGAUCUCUAUAGCGUGAACCCGUCGAAUCAAAAGAAAUUCUAUUGA